AUGACUAUCGACAAGAAACCAAACUUCAUAGUAAUUGUGGCCGAUGAUUUGGGUUUCACUGACUUGAGUGCGUUCGGAGGUGAAAUUGAUACUCCCAACUUGAAACGUCUUGGGGAAAAGGGAUAUCGUUUUACAGAUUUCCAUACUGCUUCAGCAUGUUCUCCCACAAGGUCAAUGUUACUUUCGGGUACUGAUAAUCACAUUGCCGGCUUGGGCCAGAUGGCUGAGUUCGCCAGAGAUUUUCCAGACAGAUUUGGGGGAAAGCCCGGCUAUGAAGGUUACUUGAAUUUUAAGGUGGUCGCACUUCCUGAAAUAUUGCACGACGCUGGAUACUAUACAUUAUUGUCGGGCAAAUGGCAUUUAGGCUUGACCCAGGAGUACUGGCCAUCAGCAAGAGGCUUCGAAAAGACGUUCACCUUGUUGCCAGGUGCUGGGAAUCACUUUAAAUACUUCCCUAAAGAUGAGCAAACUGGUGAAACUGCUUCAUUUAUGAAGCCUUUGUUCGAGGAGAACGGGAAAUCUAUUGAUCCAUACUCACUCCCAGAAGACUAUUACAGUUCAGAUUAUUUUACAGACAGGUUUAUUAACUAUUUAAAUCAUGAUGAUAGAGAUGGAAGACCAUUUUUUGGAUUCUUGACAUAUACUGCUCCUCACUGGCCUUAUCAGGCUCCAGAAGAUGUUAUUGAAAAAUACAAGGGUGUUUAUGAUGAUGGCCCACAAGAGUUGAGGUCCAAAAGAUUGGCCAAUGCAUUAAAGCUAGGAAUUAUUCCAGAGGGAGUAGUUCCUCAUCAAGUCGAAACUCAGAGAGAAAAGGCAUGGAAGGACUUAAGUGAUGAAGAGAAGAAAGUGGAAUCCAGAAUUAUGGAGACCUAUGCCGCUAUGGUCGACGUGUUGGACCAAAACAUUGGAAGAUUGCUUGAUAACUUGGAAGCUACCGGAGAAUUAGACAAUACAUUUAUUUUGUUCAUGUCUGAUAAUGGCGCUGAGGGAAUGUUGAUGGAAGCAUUGCCGUUGAAGAAUGACAAUUUCAAAACAAACCUAGAGAAGAAUUACAAUAAUAGUUUGGAAAAUAUUGGAAAAAAAGACUCCUUUGUAUGGUACUCUGACCAAUGGGCACAAGCAGCUACGGCACCAUCUUAUAUGUACAAGAUGUGGGCCAGUGAAGGUGGAAUUCGUUGUCCUUUAAUUAUUCAUUAUCCAGAUUUAAUUAACAAUGAAAAGAAGGGACAAGUCAAGCAUGGGUUUACUACAGUAAUGGAUAUUUUACCAACUAUUCUAGAGAUUGCAGGCAUUGAACAUCCAGGUGAAGAAUUUCAAGGAAGAAAAGUCGCUAAAGUUAGAGGAUCUUCUUGGUUGAAGUAUUUAAGAGGAGACGACGAAACAGUCCAUUCCGAAGAUUCAGUUGUUGGGUGGGAAUUAUUUGCACAGCAGGCAAUAAGAAAAGGCAAAUACAAAGCUUUGUUCAUCCCCAAACCCUUAGGUCCCGAUAGAUGGCAAUUGUUUGAUCUCUCCAAAGAUCCAGGAGAGACCCGUGACUUGUCGGAAGAGCAGGCAGAAAAGUUGAAUGAAAUGCUUAACCACUGGACUCAAUACGUUGCAGAGACAGGAUUGGUGGAGUGUACUGAUCUUUUCAAUCACGAGUACGAACGCAAAAUAUUAUAUGAUUAA